AUGGACAUGCACUUUUCUCCCAUGACUCUUGUUUGUGGUCUCACGCUCUGGUCGUCCAUUAUGACUGGUAUCGUUUCCGCCUUAGACGCCAUGACGUAUCCAACGAAAUCGGGAAUUCCAACGUGGGUUGAUACCGAUACUCCCAAGAAAGAUUAUGUAUACUAUUCUUCUCGAGGGAGAAGAUGGGACCUUACGAUGAGUGACGAGUUUAACGUUCCAAAUCGCAGCUUUCGGGCUGGUGACGACCAUAUGUGGACGUCGUUAGAAAAACCCGACGGUGUCAAUGGUGCUCUUGAGAUUUAUUCGCAUAAUAUGACAUCUACAGCUUGUGACGACGAUGGCACUUGCUACUUUUACAUUGAAACCAUUGAUGAAGUGACGAAAAUUAAUGUCUAUAACAUGUAUACACACCCUCCAAGUUUUAACGACGUGUACUUUUGGUAUCGUGGGGGUAUGGUACAAUCGUGGAAUAAAUUUUGUUAUCAAGGGGGUAUGCUCGAAGUACGUGCACAAUUACCUGGUGCCGUCACACCAGAGACAGGCAAUCCUGAUAUUGCACUUGGACCAUCUGGUAAGACAUCGGCUAAUCGAUUUUAUCCAACGUGGCCUGGUAUUUGGAUGCUUGGAAACCUCGGUCGUGCUAUUUUCUCGGCCUCAACGAAUCGUAUGUGGCCCUUUACAUACAAUGAAUGUGAUCCAGACGUUUUUGAACCUAGUUACCAGCGCAUUAGCGCAUGUGACGACAAUCCAGGUUACGGACUGAACCCGAAUCAAGGUCGUGGAGCACCUGAGAUUGAUAUUCUCGAAGGUGGUGGUGUCGCCAUCUCGUCGUCCAUACAGAUUGGUCCUGGCAUGCCGAAGAAUUAUCGUCUUUUUGAUGUUAAUACCUCACUUGGCGACCCGAUAUAUUGUCUGUAUGGAUUUUCUUGUCAGACAUUGGGUGCAAAUUACAUUGAUGUACCUACGGACUACUACCAACGAGAACGUGGACACAAAUCCUGGUACCAAGGACUACGGUAUGCAGCGAAUAAUUAUUGUGCCCCUAAUGAUGACGCCAAACAAUCAUACGAGACUAUUGAGAACUCUUUAGAGCAAGGAAUCACUGAGAACUUUUGCUCGGUUGAUACGUGUCCAGCUUCGGGAGAUGUGCACUCUGAUUUAAGUUUCAUUGAUAACAGGACGGAUGCGCAUUGGGGCAUCAAUUCGAAUGCUACACCACCGUCCGGUGUCAUGAGUCCAUUUAAUUAUCAAAUGGAUGCUCUUUCAGCCAAUUGGCCUAUUCAUUUCGGUGCGUAUACAAAUUAUUACGAAUACCAAGUUGAAUGGGUUACGGGAAAAAAUGGGUACGUGCGUUGGCUACUCCAUGGUGAACCAUUGUUCGAAAUCACAUCGGAUGUGAUCGAAAAUGUACCACAAGACACCAAAAACUCAAAUCCCAAGAAGAUUAUGAUUGAAGAACCUCUGUAUGUAAUUUUUAACGUGGCAUUGUCAAGUUCGUGGGGUGCUAUGCCCCCAAAUCCAGGUCGAGAAUGUCGUGGCGAUGGUCUCGAUGAUGUUACUAACAAAAUCUGUGACGCUUUUCCCAUGUACCUCAAAAUCGAUUACAUUCGUUUGUACCAAGAUUUGGGUGACGAUCUCGAACCGGAUAAUUACAUGACAACCGAGUGUGACCCGGCGACUCACCCAACGAAAGAGUGGAUCAAUGGGCAUAUUGACGAGUACGAAGACAAUGAUAAUAAGGUGAUUGAAGUCGCAGGAAAAGCAUCUUGUAGAACCAGUGACGAUUGUACUAUCGGGGGUACACUUGCUAGAACGGCUUUAAAAACGGGCAAAUGUGUCAACAAGCGUUGUGAAUGCUUGUACGAAUCGUGGGGUGGUCCUCGCUGCACGACUGCUAUUGCAGGAUCUAGGGACUCAGAAUCUGGUCUCAUAAGCAAGACAUACGGACCUCCUUUGGCUGCGUCCAUUGCACUGGCAAUUGCGGCCUGUCUCCUGUCUGCGACUUCAAUAUACGUGGCGAUAUCAAAGUCUACAAAACACACAAAGAUCUUGACUCAAAAUCUGGAUGCAAAAACUGCUGCUAAUGGAGAGAUGGGGCACUUGAGUGAUGCGAGCAAUCAUCGUGUCUCAUCCCUCUCGAUUGCUAAAGAAAACCUUCGUCAGAGCUUUGUUUAG